UGGUGUCAGCAUGUCCAUACCACAAAUUCUUUAAGAAGCCAAACUAAUAAUUAUGGUAAUUGAAAAAAAGAAAAUAUUUUUAUUAAAAAGUUUUAUUUACUAGAAAACUUUUAAAAAAUUUUUUUUUCUUGUAAUUUUUUUUGUAUCACAAGCAAAUUGUUUAGUGUUUUCGUACGCUUCAUAAAAAGUCAUCUGAGUCAUACCCUACGACAAUGUGGUAUACAACACGUUAUGAAGGUUUUGAUGAUCCAAAAGUUUGUAAAAAAGGACCUUCUGGUGUAGCAACGCUACAAGGAAUUUUUUCAGGCUUAUUACAAACUGGAUUUUUAUUACAGUUAAUUGGACUGACAACUUUAUUUUUUGUAUAUUAUGCGUAUCGCGGAACUGAAAUUUUCACAUAUGAUUUAGUUUUUACAAGCGAAGAACAACGACAACUUUCAGGUUUUCGGUUUUGGUUACAAAUCGGAUCUGGAGUUCAACUUUUAGGAUCUCUUUAUAUAUUAUUCUUUCAUGCUCUACUCGCUGACGAUGCCUCUUGGGCAAGGGGUUAUAGAGCGGGUGCCAAAUUAUUAGGAAACGCUGCUUUUUUUGAUGUUCUUUCUCGUACCAUUCAAUUUAUAAUUUAUGCAUAUAUGAAUAAUCACUAUGGUCCUAUAUGGUGGAAGCAAUUCUCUAUGGGUGGAGCAGAAUGGCUUGUUUCUGCUUUGGCAAGACUUUUAUAUGUAUUUGCUUUAUUUUAUUACGCGACUUCUCUUUUUCUUCUAGAAAUUUAUCAUGAUAAUGGUACCAAUGAUUGGCAUGGACUUUUAAAUUGCUUUUUGUUCACGGUAGCAGGAGUCUCAGAAAUUGUUGCUUUGUCAAUUCCAAGAAAUGCGGUAUCGGUGAUUAUAUCUUGGAUAGCACUAGUUUCUGCAUUAGUUUGGUCUAUUGCCUUUGAGCAAGAAGUAAAUGCUUGUACUCCAUUGUUAAAUGAACCAGAGUUAACAAAUGAAAUUGAAGCUCGUGUUGAGAAAUAUGCUAGAGCAAGUCCAUAUAUGCCAGUUGAAUAAUAUUGCUUAUUUGUCAACUGCGGUCGCUUUCUGCAUUACUUUUUCAUAUAACAAGCGUCACCAUAUAAGUUUAACAUAUUGAUGAAACAGUUCCACCCUUUAUUUAAAAAAUUCAUUCCAGUUGACUCUGUUUUUUAAUAUUACAAAACGUUUAAAUAGAGAAAUUUCUAAUGUCGCAUAAUACAUGAAAGCUUUUUUUUUGUAUUUACAUAAUGUGUACAAUUUUCAGUAAACCUUUCAAUGUCGGGAGUUUUCUUUUUA